CUUGAGGAAAGGCACCACUCCCUACCUGUUGGUUAACAACAAGCAGAAAAGCCUGUUUGGCACAGUAACUAAAUCAAGAAAGAAAAGGAGGAAGAAGCACUAUGAUAUUCACUUCAGCUAAUGACACAGAACCUGAAGUCUCUUAAUGUUCGAACAAUGAUUAAUAUAACACUAAGAAAACGCUACUUCCAGAUGAAGAGAGUCAACCUUUCGGACAACAUUGAGAAAUCAUGAAGUUAUUUUUGUUGAUUGCCUUUUGCCACGGUUUAUUUGCAGUGAAACAUUCACUGAAGAAUUUGGUCACCGGAUCCUAUGGCAUUCCAAUCAUCCCGGAUUUUGUGGGUGUGUUGUUAGUUGAUGACAUUCAGACAGGUUACUGUGACAGCAGUCAGAAAACGUUCAAAAUACAACACGACUGGGCAGAGAAAAUAUUAGAAAACGACCCACAGCAGAAGGGCUACUACAAUAGAAAGUGUUUUGAAGAAGAACCAAACAAGUUCAGACAGCUGAUUUCUAGUUUAAAGGGGGAAAGUGAAGGUGUCCACAUUUUACAGAGGAUAGAUGGCUGUGAAUUGGAUAAAAAUACUGGAGAAGUGGCUGGUGUGUUACAGUAUGGUCAUAAUGGAGAAGACUUUCUUAGAUUUGAUCUAAAAACUCUGAAAUGGAUCGCACAGAAACCAGAAGCUGAAAGUAUCAAACAAACAUGGAACGCUGAUGUAGCUAAAAAUAAUUAUUAUAAUAGUUCGCUCACUGGGAUUUGUCCUCAGUGGCUGAAGAAGUACUUGGACGCUGGGAACAGCAGCCUGCAGAGAAGAGAUCUUCCUUCAGUCUCUCUCCUCCAGAAGACUCCCUCCUCUCCAGUCAGCUGCCACGCUACAGGUUUCUAUCCUGACAGAGCUGUGAUGUUCUGGAGGAAAGAUGGAGAGAAGGUUCAUGAAGGUGUGGAUCCUGGAGAGAUUCUCCCCAACAAUGAUGAGACCUUCCAGAUGAGUGUUGAUCUGAAUGUUUCAUCACCUGAAGACUGGAGAAGAUACGAGUGUGUGUUUCAGCUCUCUGGUGGUGAUGAACACAUUGUCACCAAACUGGAUAAAACAUUAAUCAGAAGAAACUGGAAGGAAAAAAAUGACAAAAAGACGAACAUUUUUGCCGUGGUUGUUCCUGUUCUUCUCAUCCUCUGUGCUGUUGGAGUUGUUGUUUAUAGAAAGAGGAGAGGUGUGUCCUUUUUGACUGCAGUCCUAAUUGCCUUCAGAUCAUCAUACAUCUCCUCCUGUAAAAUUUUGGGAUGGUCAGCUUUAACCCAUAAAGCAAGAUCUUGCAUGGAGUUCCAGAUCAAGGACAACGGAUGAUGAUUUUAUAUUUUAUAUUUUUUUCAUUUUCUGAAUAAUCGGACCAACACCUGUCACCUUCCCAUCAAGCUUCUUGCUGAUGGUUAUGUAAUUCGUUCCAGCCUUGUGCAGGUCAAUGUCCUCUGAGAGAAUUCUGCCUGGGGUGUAUGAAAUCAAACACUUGUGCCACUCAAUGACAUGCAAAUCAAUUUAUACCUUUUAGGAAAUGUGUUUUCUUUUUCUGGAUUUUUGGUUGAUAUUCUGUUUCUUUCCUACAAAAUAAA